AAAUAUUUUUUGAUUCGAAAAGAUAGUUAUUAUUCUGCAGUGGCCUUUUAGAAAAAUUGGCAUUCCCUCUCAAGGCGUCGAAGAUGCAUGUGACGUCAACUGUAACAGGUUCCAGAAGGCAGAGGCCUGCCAGACGACAACAACCUGUUUGUGUUUGUGUUACUUUUGUUCGAGUCCUUUCUCUAAACCUUUGUUAGUAAAAUGUUCUUGAACACUUGACACGCUAUGUACGUACAGGUUAGAGUAAAUGUCAACACUUGCUAAUUAGAAGUCAAGUACUGAUGUAAUUCCAAGCCAUCCGGCCGUUUAUUGUUGCUGGCAGAAUGUCGUCCUCUGCUGAAUCAUCAACACACACUCCGAGGAAAAGACGCCGAUUAUCUGAGGUAUCGACUCCUUCGAACACUUCUCAAGAAGAAAGUGGCCAUGAAGAUGACAUGUUAGAGUUUGAUUUGGAAGGUCAUGUGGCAUCGCUUUUGCCAAGCAGUUCAGAACAUGAGGAAGGAGCAAACGUCGAAGAAGUUAGUUCUGACUCCGAGGAAAAUUGUAGCCAAACAGAGGAAGAACUGUUAUUGCCAUUCAGAGACAAUGCUGAAGUAAAUCUGUUUGUUGAAGAUCAGCUAAAUGAGGACUUUGAACUGCUUGGCAAUGAUGACUCGGAUCCAGUCGAAAGAAUACCUGAUAAUUUGGGAGAAGACUCGUUAAUCAACACAAGUUUUAUUGCAUACAAUGAAUCAAAGGUGAUAGAUUUUGAGGAUGAAAAAAGUCUUCAGGGUAGUCAACUGAGUAACAAUGAUGCGAAUGAAAAAUUCUGCGACAAGUCAUGCAACCUGUCUGUAAACUCUGAUCCUUUUGAACAAGGUGCUUUUGAUUACUCGCAAAGUGAUCUGGUUUUGAAUUCCCUACCACCUUUAGAGGAUGAGACCAAGGACACUUCUCUUAUUUCAGAGGAAAAUAUUCAGAAAGGCUUGAACUCAUCUGCCCAUGACCAAACACUAUUGGCUACUGAUCAAUUGGAUACAUCUGUGGAGGACCCUAGCUAUUCGAGCACUCCUCUUAAAGAAUACCCCACAUCCACAGCAACUUGCUCUCGUGUCAUCCCCACCAACAUUGAAGCAUUAUUUCUUUCUCCAUCCAACUUAAACAUGAAUGCAAGUUCAAGUGACAAUGAUAAUGAAAGUUCAAGUGACAAUAACAGUGAUCAUGAAGAGACACACUCUGAUUCAGAAAAACAGAGCAGUGACAGUGGAUCAGAAGCUGAAGAAGAACAGCAUGAUUUGUCUCAAUAUUCUGAGUCAAAUAAUGUGUUAGAAAUAGGUGAAUUGGAUGAAUCUACAGAAAACAUCCGUUCAGCAGACAAUGCACUUUCUAAAGCUAUUCUUUUUUCUGAGCUCCAAUUGUAUCCUUCUCCUCUCUGUCAUCUCUCUGUUCUUGAGGGUAUUCUUGACAUUAUGAAUUUGUACUUAAAAAACAAGCUUUCUAAGAAUGGUUUGCAGCGGCUCAUUGAAACUACCUGCAAGUUUCUCCCUACAAACCAUAAUUUACCAACUUCCUCUUAUCAGAUUCUUACAUUUGUUCAGAGCUUAGCACCUCCAGUACCAGCUGUUAAACAUUUUUAUUGUAAAAGCUGUUUUCAUUAUCAUGGUGAAAGUAAUGUUGGUGAAUGUGCCAUCUGCAAAGUGUCAACCAAUUUUGGUCAUUUUUACAUUUUUGAUGUUGCUGCACUUUUAAUAUUUUUUUUUGAACAUAGGAAUUUGGCAGAUCUUAUGGAUAAUGAAGCAAGAAAAAGAAGUAAUAGAGAUCCUAAGCUACUGACCGAUUUAAAAGAUGGUAGUGUGUAUCAAUCUUUAAAUAAAAAUAGAGCGAGGUAUGAUGUGAAUCUUUCUCUUAGUGCUGAUGGUCUUAGAGUCAGAAAGGGAGGCAAAAGUGAAUUAUGGCUAGCAAUGAUUUCAAUUGUCGAGUUGCCCAUUAAUUUGCAAAGGUCUUUUCUAACUGUAGUAGGUGUGUGGUAUCAUUCAGUAAAACCAGACAUGAGAGUGUUUCUUAAACCGUUUGCGGAAUCUUUACAACAUCUUGAUCUAAAUGGUGUUGAGUGGACUCACCCCACCACGGGAGAAGUACAUAAGAGUUGUGUCCGGUUACCAGUCACUAUUUUGGAUGCUCCAGCUCGAGCCAUGGUUCAAAAUAUUAAGGCCUUCAACAGUAAAUAUGGUUGCAAUAUUUGUGAAAUUAAGUUACAGAGAAGUGUACAUGUUCCAGGCCGCAAAGCAGUAAGAGUUUAUCAUUAUGUACCUAAUCCUCCUUUGCGUACUAAAGAAUGA